AUGGACCGGUUGGACCAACUGGCCUGUUGGUCCUAUGGACCGGUUGGACCAACUGGCCUGUUGGUCCGAAUGGACCGGUUGGACCAACUGGCCUUGUCGGUCGUACUAUGGACCGGUUGGACCAACUGGCCUGUUGGUCCUAUGGACCGGUUGGACCAACUGGCCUGUUGGUCCUAUGGACCGGUUGGACCAACUGGCCUGUUGGUCCUAUGGACCGGUUGGACCAACUGGCCUGUUGGUCCUAUGGACCGGUUGGACCAACUGGCCUGUUGGCCAAAUGGACCGGUUGGACCAACUGGCCUGUUGGUCCUAUGGACCGGUUUGGACCAACUGGCCUGUUGGUCCUAUGGACCGGUUGGACCAACUGGCCUGUUGGUCCUAUGGACCGGUUGGACCAACUGGCCUGUUGGUCCUAUGGACCGGUUGGACCAACUGGCCUGUUGGUCCUAUGGACCGGUUGGACCAACUGGCCUGUUGGUCCUAUGGACCGGUUGGACCAACUGGCCUGUUGGUCCUAUGGACCGGUUGGACCAACUGGCCUGUUGGUCCUAUGGACCGGUUGGACCAACUGGCCUGUUGGCCGAAUGGACCGGUUGGACCAACUGGCCUGUUGGCCGAAUGGACCGGUUGGACCAACUGGCUUGUUGGUCCUAUGGACCGGUUGGACCAACUGGCCUGUUGGUCCUAUGGACCGGUUGGACCAACUGGCAUGUUGGUCCUAUGGACCGGUUGGACCAACUGGCAUUUUGGUCCUAUGGACCGGUUGGACCAACUGGCCUGUUGGUCCUAUGGACCGGUUGGACCAACUGGCCUGUUGGUCCUAUGGACCGGUUGGACCAACUGGCCUGUUGGUCCUAUGGACCGGUUGGACCAACUGGCCUGUUGGUCCUAUGGACCGGUUGGACCAACUGGCCUGUUGGUCCUAUGGACCGAGUGGACCAACUGGCAUGUUGGUGCUAUGGACCGGUUGGACCAACUGGCCUGUUGGUCCUAUGGACCGGUUGGACCAACUGGCCUGUUGGCCAAAUGGACCGGUUGGACCAACUGGCCUGUUGGUCCUAUGGACCGGUUGGACCAACUGGCCUGUUGGUCCUAUGGACCGGUUGGACCAACUGGCAUGUUGGUCCUAUGGACCGAUUGGACCAACUGGCCUGUUGGUCCUAUGGACCGGUUGACCAACUGGCCUGUUGGUCCUAUGGACCGGUUGGACCAACUAGCAUGUUGGUCCUAUGGACCUAUUGGACCAACUGGCCUGUUGGUCCUAUGGACCGGUUGGACCAACUGGCAUGUUGGUCCUAUGGACCGGUUGGACCAACUGGCCUGUUGGUCCUAUGGACCGGUUGGACCAACUGGCCUGUUGGUCCUAUGGACCGGUUGGACCAACUGGCCUGUUGGUCCUAUGGACCGGUUGGACCAACUGGCAUGUUGGUCCUAUGGACCGGUUGGACCAACUGGCCUGUUGGUCCUAUGGACCGGUUGGACCAACUGGCCUGUUGGUCCUAUGGACCGGUUGGACCAACUGGCCUGUUGGUCCUAUGGACCGGUUGGACCAACUGGCCUGUUGGUCCUAUGGACCGGUUGGACCAACUGGCCUGUUGGUCCUAUGGACCGGUUGGACCAACUGGCCUGUUGGUCCUAUGGACCGGUUGGACCAACUGGCCUUUGGUCCGAAUGGACCGGUUUGGACCAACUGGCAUGUUGGUCCUAUGGACCGGUUGGACCAACUGGCCUGUUGACCGAAUGGACCGGUUGGACCAACUGGCAUGUUGGUCCUAUGGACCGGUUGGACCAACUGGCCUGUUGGCCCUAUGGACCGGUUGGACCAACUGGCCUGUUGGCCGAAUGGACCGGUUGGACCAACUGGCCUGUUGGUCCUAUGGACCGGUUGGACCAACUGGCUUGUUGGUCCUAUGGACCGGUUUGGACCAACUGGCCUGUUGGUCCUAUGGACCGGUUGGACCAACUGGCCUGUUGGUCCUAUGGACCGGUUGGACCAACUGGCCUGUUGGUCCUAUGGACCGGUUGGACCAACUGGCCUGUUGGUCCUAUGGACCGGUUGGACCAACUGGCCUGUUGGUCCUAUGGACCGGUUGGACCAACUGGCCUGUUGGUCCUGUGGACCGGUUGGACCAACUGGCCUGUUGGUCCUGUGGACCGGUUGGACCAACUGGCCUGUUGGUCCUGUGGACCGGUUGGACCAACUGGCCUGUUGGUCCUAUGGACCGGUUGGACCAACUGGCCUGUUGGUCCUGUGGACCGGUUGGACCAACUGGCCUGUUGGUCCUAUGGACCGGUUGGACCAACUGGCCUGUUGGUCCUAUGGACCGGUUGGACAACUGGCCUGUUGGUCCUGGACCGGUUGGACCAACUGGCCUGUUGGUCCUAUGGACCGGUUGGACCAACUGGCCUGUUGGUCCUAUGGACCGGUUGGACCAACUGGCCUGUUGGUCCUGUGGACCGGUUGGACCAACUGGCCUGUUGGUCCUAUGGACCGGUUGGACCAACUGGCCUGUUGGUCCUAUGGACCGGUUGGACCAACUGGCCUGUUGGUCCUAUGGACCGGUUGGACCAACUGGCCUGUUGGUCCUAUGGACCGGUUGGACCAACUGGCCUGUUGGCCAAAUGGACCGGUUGGACCAACUGGCCUGUUGGUCCUAUGGACCGGUUGGACCAACUGGCCUGUUGGUCCUAUGGACCGGUUGGACCAACUGGCCUGUUGGUCCUAUGGACCGGUUGGACCAACUGGCCUGUUGGUCCUAUGGACCGGUUGGACCAACUGGCAUGUUGGUCCUAUGGACCGGUUGGACCAACUGGCCUGUUGGUCCUAUGGACCGGUUGGACCAACUGGCCUGUUGGUCCUAUGGACCGGUUGGACCAACUGGCCUGUUGGUCCUAUGGACCGGUUGGACCAACUGGCCUGUUGGUCCUAUGGACCGGUUGGACCAACUUGCCUGUUGGUCCUAUGGACCGGUUGGACCAACUGGCCUGUUGGUCCUAUGGACCGGUUGGACCAACUGGCCUGUUGGUCCUAUGGACCGGUUGGACCAACUGGCCUGUUGGUCCUAUGGACCGGUUGGACCAACUGGCAUGUUGGUCCUAUGGACCGGUUGGACCAACUGGCCUGUUGGCCCUAUGGACCGGUUGGACCAACUGGCCUGUUGGCCCUAUGGACCGGUUGGACCAACUGCCUGUUGGUCCUAUGGACCGGUUGGACCAACUGGCCUGCUGGUCCUAUGGACCGGUUGGACCAACUGGCAUGUUGGUCCUAUGGACCGGUUGGACCAACUGGCCUGUUGGUCCCUAUGGACCGGUUGGACCAACUGGCCUGUGGUCGGCCUAUGGACCGGUUGGACCAACUGGCCUGUUGGUCCUAUGGACCGGUUGGACCAACUGGCCUGUUGGCCGAUGGACCGGUUGGACCAACUGGCCUGUUGGCCCUAUGGACCGGUUGGACCAACUGGCCUGUUGGUCCUAUGGACCGGUUGGACCAACUGGCCUGUUGGCCUAAUGGACCGGUUGGACCAACUGGCCUGUUGGCCUAUGGACCGGUUGGACCAACUGGCCUGUUGGUCCUAUGGACCGGUUGGACCAACUGGCCUGUUGGUCCUAUGGACCGGUUGGACCAACUGGCCUGUUGGUCCUAUGGACCGGUUGGACCAACUGGCCUGUUGGUCCUAUGGACCGGUUGGACCAACUGGCCUGUUGGUCCUAUGGACCGUUGGACCAACUGGCCUGUUGGCCUAUGGACCGGUUGGACCAACUGGCCUGUUGGUCCUAUGGACCGGUUGGACCAACUGGCCUGUUGGUCCUAUGGACCGGUUGGACCAACUGGCCUGUUGGUCCUAUGGACCGGUUGGACCAACUGGCCUGUUGGUCCUAUGGACCGGUUGGACCAACUGGCCUGUUGGUCCUAUGGACCGGUUGGACCAACUGGCCUGUUGGUCCUAUGGACCGGUUGGACCAACUGGCCUGUUGGUCCUAUGGACCGGUUGGACCAACUGGCCUGUUGGUCCUAUGGACCGGUUGGACCAACUGGCCUGUUGGUCCUAUGGACCGGUUGGACCAACUGGCCUGUUGGUCCUAUGGACCGGUUGGACCAACUGGCCUGUUGGUCCUAUGGACCGGUUGGACCAACUGGCCUGUUGGUCCUAUGGACCGGUUGGACCAACUGGCCUGUUGGUCCUAUGGACCGGUUGGACCAACUGGCCUGUUGGUCCUAUGGACCGGUUGGACCAACUGGCAUGUUGGUCCUAUGGACGGUUGGACCAACUGGCCUGUUGGUCCUAUGGACCGGUUGGACCAACUGGCCUGUUGGUCCUAAUGGACCGGUUGGACCAACUGGCCUGUUGGUCCUAUGGACCGGUUGGACCAACUGGCCUGUUGGUCCUAAUGGACCGGUUGGACCAACUGGCCUGUUGGUCCUAUGGACCGGUUGGACCAACUGGCCUGUUGGUCCUAUGGACCGGUUGGACCAACUGGCCUGUUGGUCCUAUGGACCGGUUGGACCAACUGGCCUGUUGGUCCUAUGGACCGGUUGGACCAACUGGCCUGUUGGUCCUAUGGACCGGUUGGACCAACUGGCCUGUUGGUCCUAUGGACCGGUUGGACCAACUGGCCUGUUGGUCCGAAUGGACCGGUUGGACCAACUGGCCUGUUGGUCCUAUGGACCGGUUGGACCAACUGGCCUGUUGGCCUAAUGGACCGGUUGGACCAACUGGCCUGUUGGUCCUAUGGACCGGUUGGACCAACUGGCCUGUUGGUCCUAUGGACCGGUUGGACCAACUGGCCUGUUGGUCCUAUGGACCGGUUGGACCAACUGGCCUGUUGGUCCUAUGGACCGGUUGGACCAACUGGCCUGUUGGUCCUAUGGACCGGUUGGACCAACUGGCCUGUUGGUCCUAUGGACCGGUUGGACCAACUGGCCUGUUGGUCCUAUGGACCGGUUGGACCAACUGGCCUGUUGGUCCUGUGGACCGGUUGGACCAACUGGCCUGUUGGUCCUGUGGACCGGUUGGACCAACUGGCCUGUUGGUCCUAUGGACCGGUUGGACCAACUGGCCUGUUGGUCCUAUGGACCGGUUGGACCAACUGGCCUGUUGGUCCUAUGGACCGGUUGGACCAACUGGCCUGUUGGUCCUAUGGACCGGUUGGACCAACUGGCCUGUUGGUCCUAUGGACCGGUUGGACCAACUGGCCUGUUGGUCCUGUGGACCGCCGGUUGGACCAACUGGCCUGUUGGUCCUAUGGACCGGUUGGACCAACUGGCCUGUUGGUCCUGUGGACCGGUUGGACCAACUGGCCUGUUGGUCCUGUGGACCGGUUGGACCAACUGGCCUGUUGGUCCUAUGGACCGGUUGGACCAACUGGCCUGUUGGUCCUAUGGACCGGUUGGAGCAACUGGCCUGUUGGUCCUAUGGACCGGUUGGACCAACUGGCGUGUUGUUCCUAUGGACCGGUUGGACCAACUGGCCUGUUGGUCCUAUGGACCGGUUGGACCAACUGGCCUGUUGGUCCUAUGGACCGGUUGGACCAACUGGCCAGUCGGUCCUAUGGACCGGUUGGACCAACUGGCCUGUUGGUCCUAUGGACCGGUUGGACCAACUGGCCUGUUGGUCCUAUGGACCGGUUGGACCAACUGGCCUGUUGGUCCUGUGGACCGGUUGGACCAACUGGCCUGUUGGUCCUAUGGACCGGUUGGACCAACUGGCCUGUUGGUCCUAUGGACCGGUUGGACCAACUGGCCUGUUGGUCCUAUGGACCGGUUGGACCAACUGGCCUGUUGGUCCUAUGGACCGGUUGGACCAACUGGCCUGUUGGUCCUAUGGACCGGUUGGACCAACUGGCCUGUUGGUCCUAUGGACCGGUUGGACCAACUGGCCUGUUGGUCCUAUGGACCGGUUGGACCAACUGGCCUGUUGGUCCUAUGGACCGGUUGGACCAACUGGCCUGUUGGUCCUGUGGACCGGUUGGACCAACUGGCCUGUUGGUCCUAUGGACCGGUUUGGACCAACUGGCCUGUUGGUCCUAUGGACCGGUUGGACCAACUGGCCUGUUGGUCCUAUGGACCGGUUGGACCAACUGGCCUGUUGGUCCUAUGGACCGGUUGGACCAACUGGCCUGUUGGCCUAUGGACCGGUUGGACCAACUGGCCUGUUGGUCGAUGGACCGGUUGGACCAACUGGCCUGUUGGUCCUAUGGACCGGUUGGACCAACUGGCCUGUUGGUCCAUGGACCGGUUGGACCAACUGGCCUGUUGGUCCUAUGGACCGGUUGGACCAACUGGCCUGUUGGUCCUGUGGACCGGUUGGACCAACUGGCCUGUUGGUCCUGUGGACCGGUUGGACCAACUGGCCUGUUGGUCCUUUGGACCGGUUGGACCAACUGGCCUGUUGGUCCUGUGGACCGGUUGGACCAACUGGCCUGUUGGUCCUAUGGACCGGUUGGACCAACUGGCCUGUUGGCCUAUGGACCGGUUGGACCAACUGGCCUGUUGGUCCUAUGGACCGGUUGGACCAACUGGCCUGUUGGUCCAAUGGACCGGUUGGACCAACUGGCCUGUUGGUCCUAUGGACCGGUUGGACCAACUGGCCUGUUGGUCCUAUGGACCGGUUGGACCAACUGGCCUGUUGGUCCUAUGGACCGGUUGGACCAACUGGCCUGUUGGUCCUAUGGACCGGUUGGACCAACUGGCCUGUUGGUCCUAUGGACCGGUUGGACCAACUGGCCUGUUGGUCCUUUGGACCGGUUGGACCAACUGGCCUGUUGGUCCUAUGGACCGGUUGGACCAACUGGCCUGUUGGUCCUAUGGACCGGUUGGACCAACUGGCCUGUUGGUCCUAUGGACCGGUUGGACCAACUGGCCUGUUGGUCCUAUGGACCGGUUGGACCAACUGGCCUGUUGGUCCUAUGGACCGGUUGGACCAACUGGCCUGUUGGUCCUAUGGACCGGUUGGACCAACUGGCCUGUUGGUCCUAUGGACCGGUUGGACCAACUGGCCUGUUGGUCCUAUGGACCGGUUGGACCAACUGGCCUGUUGGUCCUAUGGACCGGUUGGACCAACUGGCCUGUUGGCCUAUGGACCGGUUGGACCAACUGGCCUUUGGUCCUAUGGACCGGUUGGACCAACUGGCCUGUUGGUCCUAUGGACCGGUUGGACCAACUGGCCUGUUGUCCUAUGGACCGGUUGGACCAACUGGCCUGUUGGUCCUAUGGACCGGUUGGACCAACUGGCCUGUUGGUCCUAUGGACCGGUUGGACCAACUGGCCUGUUGGUCCUAUGGACCGGUUGGACCAACUGGCCUGUUGGUCCUAUGGACCGGUUGGACCAACUGGCCUGUUGGUCCUGUGGACCGGUUGGACCAACUGGCCUGUUGGUCCUAUGGACCGGUUGGACCAACUGGCCUGUUGGUCCUAUGGACCGGUUGGACCAACUGGCCUGUUGGUCCUAUGGACCGGUUGGACCAACUGGCCUGUUGGUCCUAUGGACCGGUUGGACCAACUGGCCUUUUGGCCUAUGGACCGGUUGGACCAACUGGCAUGUUGGUCCUAUGGACCGGUUGGACCAACUGGCCUGUCGGUCCUAUGGACCGGUUGGACCAACUGGCCUGUUGGUCCUAUGGACCGGUUGGACCAACUGGCCUGUUGGUCCUGUGGACCGGUUGGACCAACUGGCCUGUUGGUCCUAUGGACCGGUUGGACCAACUGGCCUGUUGGUCCUAUGGACCGGUUGGACCAACUGGCCUGUUGGUCCUGUGGACCGGUUGGACCAACUGGCCUGUUGGUCCUAUGGACCGGUUGGACCAACUGGCCUGUUGGUCCUAUGGACCGGUUGGACCAACUGGCCUGUUGGUCCUAUGGACCGGUUGGACCAACUGGCCUGUUGGUCCUAUGGACCGUUGGACCAACUGGCCUUUUGGUCCGAAUGGACCGGUUGGACCAACUGGCCAUGUUGGUCCUAUGGACCGUUGUUGGACCAACUGGCCUGUUGGCCGAAUGGACCGGUUGGACCAACUGGCCUGUUGGUCCUAUGGACCGGUUGGACCAACUGGCCUGUUGGCCCUAUGGACCGGUUGGACCAACUGGCCUGUUGGUCCUAUGGACCGGUUGGACCAACUGGCCUGUUGGCCGAAUGGACCGGUUGGACCAACUGGCCUGUUGGUCCUAUGGACCGGUUGGACCAACUGGCCUGUUGGUCCUAUGGACCGGUUGGACCAACUGGCCUGUUGGUCCUAUGGACCGGUUGGACCAACUGGCCUGUUGGUCCUAUGGACCGGUUGGACCAACUGGCCUGUUGGUCCUAUGGACCGGUUGGACCAACUGGCCUGUUGGUCCUAUGGACCGGUUGGACCAACUGGCCUGUUGGUCCUGUGGACCGGUUGGACCAACUGGCCUGUUGGUCCUGUGGACCGGUUGGACCAACUGGCCUGUUGGUCCUAUGGACCGGUUGGACCAACUGGCCUGUUGGUCCUAUGGACCGGUUGGACCAACUGGCCUGUUGGUCCUAUGGACCGGUUGGACCAACUGGCCUGUUGGUCCUAUGGACCGGUUGGACCAACUGGCCUGUUGGUCCUAUGGACCGGUUGGACCAACUGGCCUGUUGGUCCUAUGGACCGGUUGGACCAACUGGCCUGUUGGUCCUGUGGACCGGUUGGACCAACUGGUCUGUUGGUCCUAUGGACCGGUUGGACCAACUGGCCUGUUGGUCCUAUGGACCGGUUGGACCAACUGGCCUGUUGGUCCUAUGGACCGGUUGGACCAACUGGCCUGUUGGUCCUAUGGACCGGUUGGACCAACUGGCCUGUUGGUCCUAUGGACCGGUUGGACCAACUGGCCUGUUGGUCCUAUGGACCGGUUGGACCAACUGGCCUGUUGGUCCUAUGGACCGGUUGGACCAACUGGCCUGUUGGCCGAUGGACCGGUUGGACCAACUGGCCUGUUGGUCCUAUGGACGGUUGGACCAACUGGCCUGUUGGUCCUAUGGACCGGUUGGACCAACUGGCCUUGGUCCUAUGGACCGGUUGGACCAACUGGCCUGUUGGUCCUAUGGACCGGUUGGACCAACUGGCCUGUUGGUCCUAUGGACCGUUGGACCAACUGGCCUGUUGGUCCUUUGGACCGGUUGGACCAACUGGCCUGUUGGUCCUAUGGACCGGUUGGACCAACUGGCCUGUUGGUCCUAUGGACCGGUUGGACCAACUGGCCUGUUGGCCGUAUGGACCGGUUGGACCAACUGGCCUGUUGGUCCUAUGGACCGGUUGGACCAACUGGCCUGUUGGUCCUAUGGACCGGUUGGACCAACUGGCCUGUUGGCCGAAUGGACCGGUUGGACCAACUGGCCUGUUGGCCUAUGGACCGGUUGGACCAACUGGCCUGUUGGUCCUAUGGACCGGUUGGACCAACUGGCCUGUUGGUCCAUGGACCGGUUUGGACCAACUGGCCUGUUGGUCCUAUGGACCGUUGGACCAACUGGCCUGUUGGUCCUAUGGACCGGUUGGACCAACUGGCCUGUUGGUCCUAUGGACCGGUUGGACCAACUGGCCUGUUGGUCCUAUGGACCGGUUGGACCAACUGGCCUGUUGGUCCUAUGGACCGGUUGGACCAACUGGCCUGUUGGUCCUAUGGACCGGUUGGACCAACUGGCCUGUUGGUCCUAUGGACCGGUUGGACCAACUGGCCUGUUGGUCCUAUGGACCGGUUGGACCAACUGGCCUGUUGGUCCUAAUGGACCGGUUGGACCAACUGGCCUGUUGGUCCGAAUGGACCGGUUGGACCAACUGGCCUGUUGGUCCUAUGGACCGGUUGGACCAACUGGCCUGUUGGUCCUAUGGACCGGUUGGACCAACUGGCCUGUUGGUCCUAUGGACCGGUUGGACCAACUGGCCUGUUGGUCCUAUGGACCGGUUGGACCAACUGGCCUGUUGGUCCUAUGGACCGGUUGGACCAACUGGCCUGUUGGUCCUAUGGACCGGUUGGACCAACUGGCCUGUUGGUCCUAUGGACCGGUUGGACCAACUGGCCUGUUGGUCCUAUGGACCGGUUGGACCAACUGGCCUGUUGGUCCUAUGGACCGGUUGGACCAACUGGCCUGUUGGUCCUAUGGACCGGUUGGACCAACUGGCCUGUUGGUCCUAUGGACCGGUUGGACCAACUGGCCUGUUGGUCCUAUGGACCGGUUGGACCAACUGGCCUGUUGGUCCUAUGGACCGGUUGGACCAACUGGCCUGUUGGUCCUAUGGACCGGUUGGACCAACUGGCCUGUUGGUCCUAUGGACCGGUUGGACCAACUGGCCUGUUGGUCCUAUGGACCGGUUGGACCAACUGGCCUGUUGGUCCUAUGGACCGGUUGGACCAACUGGCCAUUGGUCCUAUGGACCGGUUGGACCAACUGGCCUGUUGGUCCUAUGGACCGGUUGGACCAACUGGCCUGUUGGUCCUAUGGACCGGUUGGACCAACUGGCCUGUUGGUCCUAUGGACCGGUUGGACCAACUGGCCUGUUGGUCCUAUGGACCGGUUGGACCAACUGGCCUGUUGGUCCUAUGGACCGGUUGGACCAACUGGCCUGUUGGUCCUAUGGACCGGUUGGACCAACUGGCCUGUUGGUCCAAUGGACCGGUUGGACCAACUGGCCUGUUGGUCCCUAUGGACCGGUUGGACCAACUGGCCUGUUGGUCCUAUGGACCGGUUGGACCAACUGGCCUGUUGGUCCUAUGGACCGGUUGGACCAACUGGCCUGUUGGUCCUAUGGACCGGUUGGACCAACUGGCCUGUUGGUCCUAUGGACCGGUUGGACCAACUGGCCUGUUGGUCCUAUGGACCGGUUGGACCAACUGGCCUGUUGGUCCUAUGGACCGGUUGGACCAACUGGCCUGUUGGUCCUAUGGACCGGUUGGACCAACUGGCCUGUUGGUCCUGUGGACCGGUUGGACCAACUGGCCUGUUGGUCCUGUGGACCGGUUGGACCAACUGGCCUGUUGGUCCUAUGGACCGGUUGGACCAACUGGCCUGUUGGUCCUAUGGACCGGUUGGACCAACUGGCCUGUUGGUCCUAUGGACCGGUUGGACCAACUGGCCUGUUGGUCCUAUGGACCGGUUGGACCAACUGGCCUGUUGGUCCUAUGGACCGGUUGGACCAACUGGCCUGUUGGUCCUAUGGACCGGUUGGACCAACUGGCCUGUUGGUCCUAUGGACCGGUUGGACCAACUGGCCUGUUGGUCCUAUGGACCGUCGUCCUAUGGACCGGUUGGACCAACUGGCCUGUUGGUCCUAUGGACCGGUUGGACCAACUGGCCUGUUGGUCCUAUGGACCGGUUGGACCAACUGGCCUGUUGGUCCUAUGGACCGGUUGGACCAACUGGCCUGUUGGUCCUAUGGACCGGUUGGACCAACUGGCCUGUUGGUCCUAUGGACCGGUUGGACCAACUGGCCUGUUGGUCCUAUGGACCGGUUGGACCAACUGGCCUGUUGGUCCUAUGGACCGGUUGGACCAACUGGCCUGUUGGUCCUAUGGACCGGUUGGACCAACUGGCCUGUUGGUCCUAUGGACCGGUUGGACCAACUGGCCUGUUGGCCGAAUGGACCGGUUGGACCAACUGGCCUGUUGGUCCUAUGGACCGGUUGGACCAACUGGCCUGUUGGUCCUAUGGACCGGUUGGACCAACUGGCCUGUUGGUCCUAUGGACCGGUUGGACCAACUGGCCUGUUGGUCCUUUGGACCGGUUGGACCAACUGGCCUGUUGGUCCUAUGGACCGGUUGGACCAACUGGCCUGUUGGUCCUUUGGACCGGUUGGACCAACUGGCCUGUUGGUCCUGUGGACCGGUUGGACCAACUGGCCUGUUGGUCCUAUGGACCGGUUGGACCAACUGGCCUGUUGGUCCUAUGGACCGGUUGGACCAACUGGCCUGUUGGUCCUAUGGACCGGUUGGACCAACUGGCCUGUUGGCCGAAUGGACCGGUUGGACCAACUGGCCUGUUGGUCCUAUGGACCGGUUGGACCAACUGGCCUGUUGGUCCAAUGGACCGGUUGGACCAACUGGCCUGUUGGUCCUAUGGACCGGUUGGACCAACUGGCCUGUUGGUCCUGUGGACCGGUUGGACCAACUGGCCUGUUGGUCCUAUGGACCGGUUGGACCAACUGGCCUGUUGGUCCUAUGGACCGGUUGGACCAACUGGCCUGUUGGUCCUAUGGACCGGUUGGACCAACUGGCCUGUUGGCCUAUGGACCGGUUGGACCAACUGGCCUGUUGGUCCGAUGGACCGGUUGGACCAACUGGCCUGUUGGUCCUAUGGACCGGUUGGACCAACUGGCCUGUUGGUCCAUGGACCGGUUGGACCAACUGGCCUGUUGGUCCUAUGGACCGUUUGGACCAACUGGCCUGUUGGUCCUAUGGACCGGUUGGACCAACUGGCCUGUUGGUCCUAUGGACCGGUUGGACCAACUGGCCUGUUGGUCCUAUGGACCGGUUGGACCAACUGGCCUGUUGGUCCUAUGGACCGUUUGGACCAACUGGCCUGUUGGUCCUAUGGACCGGUUGGACCAACUGGCCUGUUCGGUCCUAUGGACCGGUUGGACCAACUGGCCUGUUGGUCCUAUGGACCGGUUGGACCAACUGGCCUGUUGGUCCUAUGGACCGGUUGGACCAACUGGCCUGUUGGUCCUAUGGACCGGUUGGACCAACUGGCCUGUUGGUCCUAUGGACCGGUUGGACCAACUGGCCUGUUGGUCCUAUGGACCGGUUGGACCAACUGGCCUGUUGGUCCUAUGGACCGGUUGGACCAACUGGCCUGUUGGUCCUAUGGACCGGUUGGACCAACUGGCCUGUUGGUCCUAUGGACCGGUUGGACCAACUGGCCUGUUGGUCCUAUGGACCGGUUGGACCAACUGGCCUGUUGGUCCUAUGGACCGGUUGGACCAACUGGCCUGUUGGUCCUAUGGACCGGUUGGACCAACUGGCCUGUUGGUCCUAUGGACCGGUUGGACCAACUGGCCUGUUGGUCCUGUGGACCGGUUGGACCAACUGGCCUGUUGGUCCUAUGGACCGGUUGGACCAACUGGCCUGUUGGUCCUAUGGACCGGUUGGACCAACUGGCCUGUUGGUCCUAUGGACCGGUUGGACCAACUGGCCUGUUGGUCCUAUGGACCGGUUGGACCAACUGGCCUGUUGGCCUAUGGACCGGUUGGACCAACUGGCCUGUUGGCCGAAUGGACCGGUUGGACCAACUGGCCUGUUGGUCCUAUGGACCGGUUGGACCAACUGGCCUGUUGGUCCUAUGGACCGGUUGGACCAACUGGCCUGUUGGUCCUAUGGACCGGUUGGACCAACUGGCCUGUUGGUCCUAUGGACCGGUUGGACCAACUGGCCUGUUGUCCUUUGGACCGGUUGGACCAACUGGCCUGUUGGUCCUAUGGACCGGUUGGACCAACUGGCCUGUUGGCCCUAUGGACCGUUUGGACCAACUGGCCUGUUGGCCGAAUGGACCGGUUGGACCAACUGGCCUGUUGGUCCUAUGGAUCGGUUGGACCAACUGGCCUGUUGGUCCAAUGGACCGGUUGGACCAACUGGCCUGUCGGUCCUAUGGACCGGUUGGACCAACUGGCCUGUUGGUCCUAUGGACCGGUUGGACCAACUGGCCUGUUGGUCCUGUGGACCGGUUGGACCAACUGGCCUGUUGGUCCUAUGGACCGGUUGGACCAACUGGCCUGUUGGUCCUAUGGACCGGUUGGACCAACUGGCCUGUUGGUCCUAUGGACCGGUUGGACCAACUGGCCUGUUGGUCCUAUGGACCGGUUUGGACCAACUGGCCUGUUGGUCCUAUGGACCGGUUGGACCAACUGGCCUGUUGGUCCUAUGGACCGGUUGGACCAACUGGCCUGUUGGUCCUAUGGACCGGUGGACCAACUGGCCUGUUGGUCCUAUGGACCGGUUGGACCAACUGGCCUGUUGGUCCUAUGGACCGGUUGGACCAACUGGCCUGUUGGUCCUAUGGACCGGUUGGACCAACUGGCCUGUUGGUCCUAUGGACCGGUUGGACCAACUGGCCUGUUGGUCCUAUGGACCCGUUUGGACCAACUGGCCUGUUGGUCCUAUGGACCGGUUGGACCAACUGGCCUGUUGGUCCUAUGGACCGGUUGGACCAACUGGCCUGUUGGUCCUAUGGACCGGUUGGACCAACUGGCCUGUUGGUCCUAUGGACCGGUUGGACCAACUGGCCUGUUGGUCCUAUGGACCGGUUGGACCAACUGGCCUGUUGGUCCUAUGGACCGGUUGGACCAACUGGCCUGUUGGUCCUAUGGACCGGUUGGACCAACUGGCCUGUUGGUCCUAUGACCGGUUGGACCAACUGGCCUGUUGGUCCUAUGGACCGGUUGGACCAACUGGCCUGUUGGCCGGAUGGACCGGUUGGACCAACUGGCCUGUUGGUCCUAUGGACCGGUUGGACCAACUGGCCUGUUGGUCCUAUGGACCGGUUGGACCAACUGGCCUGUUGGUCCUAUGGACCGGUUGGACCAACUGGCCUGUUGGUCCUAUGGACGGUUGGACCAACUGGCCUGUUGGUCCUAUGGACCGGUUGGACCAACUGGCCUGUUGGUCCUAUGGACCGGUUGGACCAACUGGCCUGUUGGUCCUAUGGACCGGUUGGACCAACUGGCCUGUUGGUCCUUGGACCGGUUGGACCAACUGGCCUGUUGGUCCUAUGGACCGGUUGGACCAACUGGCCUGUUGGUCCUAUGGACCGGUUGGACCAACUGGCCUGUUGUCCUAUGGACCGGUUGGACCAACUGGCCUGUUGGUCCUAUGGACCGGUUGGACCAACUGGCCUGUUGGUCCUAUGGACCGGUUGGACCAACUGGCCUGUUGGCCCUAUGGACCGGUUGGACCAACUGGCCUGUUGGCCGAAUGGACCGGUUGGACCAACUGGCCUGUUGGUCCUAUGGACCGGUUGGACCAACUGGCCUGUUGGUCCAUGGACCGGUUGGACCAACUGGCCUGUUGGUCCUAUGGACCGGUUGGACCAACUGGCCUGUUGGUCCUAUGGACCGGUUGGACCAACUGGCCUGUUGGUCCUAUGGACCGGUUGGACCAACUGGCCUGUUGGUCCUAUGGACCGUUUGGACCAACUGGCCUGUUGGUCCUAUGGACCGGUUGGAACCAACUGGCCUGUUGGCCCUAUGGACCGGUUGGACCAACUGGCCUGUUGGCCUAAUGGACCGGUUGGACCAACUGGCCUGUUGGUCCUAAUGGACCGGUUGGACCAACUGGCCUGUUGGUCCUAUGGACCGGUUGGACCAACUGGCCUGUUGGUCCUAUGGACCGGUUGGACCAACUGGCCUGUUGGUCCUAUGGACCGGUUGGACCAACUGGCCUGUUGGUCCUGUGGACCGGUUGGACCAACUGGCCUGUUGGUCCUAUGGACCGGUUGGACCAACUGGCCUGUUGGUCCUUUGGACCGGUUGGACCAACUGGCCUGUUGGUCCUAUGGACCGGUUGGACCAACUGGCCUGUUGGUCCUAUGGACCGGUUGGACCAACUGGCCUGUUGGUCCUGGGACCGGUUGGACCAACUGGCCUGUUGGUCCUAUGGACCGUUUGGACCAACUGGCCUGUUGGCCUAAUGGACCGGUUGGACCAACUGGCCUGUUGGCCUAUGGACCGGUUGGACCAACUGGCCUGUUGGUCCUAUGGACCGGUUGGACCAACUGGCCUGUUGGUCCUAUGGACCGGUUGGACCAACUGGCCUUGGUCCUAUGGACCGGUUGGACCAACUGGCCUGUUGGUCCUAUGGACCGGUAG